CUUCUAAAAUUAUUUUUACGAGCUAUACUUGCUAUUGGAAAUAAAACCGGCCGUCUGUUGCCAUGGUGACCGGCCUGUCCCAAAAAGGAAGAAGGUUCAUGGAGAGGACUCACGCCCAUUCCACGUGACAAUCCAAUCAGCCAAUGAGAGUGCAUCAUCCUCAGCUCUGCAAAAUCGAAAGAGCGUCGCGAGGACGGAGCAGUCUUUGCAGCUGACUCCUGGCUGCGGAUGUAUUAACGCGUUCUCUCUCUAAACGGCUUACAGAAAAUCUGGUAGCUUUCAACUGGGGAAAGUUUUUGUCUGUUCUGGGCGCUUGAAACUCUUCGUGGUCCGAGGCGAUCAACUGAAGCGAUGGGGAUGACUUUUUAUGGGCUGGUCGUUCUCAUGUUGUGCCGCAUGUCGCAAGCCUUGUCUGUGCCUGUAGACGCUGUCAAAGUCCAAUACGAGCAGCGAGUGGCAGUCGGUGCUCAUGAGGUCACGGAGCUAGUCCUCCUGAACGGAGUGUACUUGACCAACCGGGAAGCCAAGGCCGUUCUGCAGUGGAUGUCAGCUGAUUUCCAUCCUCUCCUCCAUCUGAGCUCCAGCAACUCCUCCCUGCUGAAGAAUCACACAGUGGUGCGGUCUCGAGAAUGCAUACUGGAGGGGAGCCAGCUGCAAUGGGUGGACCGCGUCUCCGUUGGCCGGCAGAUCUACCUCACCCAGGAUCGCAAUGACGCCUGGGUGCCGUACGUGCCGCAAGCAGUGCCCCUUAAAACACUGUGGGAACAGGUGAUGGUGCACCCAGAAGAGGAGAGGCUUGAGGUGGGCUGUGUCACACUGAUGAGAGAGCUGAGUCUCUCACAAGAACAUUCAGUGACAAAUGUGCCCCAGUUGCUGAUUCCACUGCUGGCAUUUCUGGCUUUUAUCGGGCUGGUGGCGAUAAGUCUCCUCCUCUCCAAAACCCACGGUUUGAGGCACCCAGGAGGAGUCAUUGGCUCAGUCAUACAUUACCCAAAAGACAUUGCAGAGGUGCCUCAGGAGAUGAAAGGCGGUUACAGAACCCUGUGAGUGGAAGGUGCUCCCUCUACUCGGACCUGCUGUGUGGAUGAGGAUUCUGCUUUAUGCACUUUAUCGACGUUGGAUUAGCUUCUCUGUAUGAAUUUUAAAAACACAAUGCAUUUCUUUUUAUGACAUGUAAUGUCAACAAAGUUUGGUCUUCAGUGUGGAAAGAAAAGAAUGCUUCGCUUUGCAUUGGAGCUUGGGCUCCACUGGGCUGAAAUCAGAAAGCUUUAUGUCAUGGUUUCAGGCUGUCCAGUGGCCAGUCAGAUAAUCCGAACAACAUCAUGUUCUUCUGCGUGUUUCAGUUACACCACUUAUCAGCCACAAACACUGGAUUAUUGUAAUGAAUGUUUUCCUGGUGACUCCGGAAGGGCGUUGUGUUGUAAAUGCUGCCAAAGUAUUUUGCCUUUUCACUGGCUUGUUAUUUAACAAACGCUUAAAUAAAGAUUUCUUAUUAUUG